UAUUCCAAUGGAGAAUCAUGAUCAUCUACACCCAAUAUUUUCUUCUAGUUUUCAUCAUACAUCCAAACACUCACAACCUUUUUCAGGUCAUCGCGGCAGCGGUAGUGGUGGCGGCGGCAACAGUUGUUUAAUGUCGUCUCUUUUGACACAAGACAACGGCGGCGACAGUUGUUUAGUGUCGGCCUGUAAACCAUAUUUGGGUUCGUUCACCAACAUGUCAACAUUGUUACCAACUCUGAGUCCGUUGGUGAACGAACCCAAACUGGUAGCCAAUCUGCAGCCAGUGGCAGAUUGGCUAAACAUCAGCCGGAAACCAAUAACUCACUACACCAGUGAUGGUUUCCGGCUAAACUUUUGUACCAGAACUCGCCCGAUGAAAUACACUGGGCGGGUUCUGAAUACAGAAUAUGAAAGGAAUCAAAUAUGUUCCCCAAGGAAACUAUUUAGAGGAGUAAGACAAAGGCAUUGGGGAAAAUGGGUAGCGGAAAUCCGGUUACCGAGGAACCGAACACGUGUAUGGCUCGGGACAUUUAACACGGCCGAAGAAGCCGCAUUUGCGUAUGACACGGCCGCGUAUAUCCUACGAGGCGAUUGCGCGCACUUAAAUUUCCCGAAUCUAAAGAGCCAGUUGAAAGCUAACUCGGUUAAUGGGACAACCGCGGCUUUGCUAGAAGCAAAAAUGCAAGCAAUGUCGAAACGGGUGGUGGACAUGAAGGCUGAUGAGUUAGCACCCGCGUUACCCGAGGUUGGUUUAUCGGAAAGCCCAUCGAAUGAAGGCGGAUCCGAGGUGGUGUCGCCAGAGGCCGGGGAAGGGGUGCAACUCAGUAGAAUGCCUUCAUUGGAUAUGGACAUAAUUUGGGAUGCUCUUCUUGUUGGUGAUUCAUAAAUGUUACAUAUAUGAAUGAAUGAAUGAAUGAAUAUAUUCCAUAAAUAAAGAUAUACAUUUGAUUUAAAGUGGCAUGAUGGACAGAUUGGAAGAGUUUGGUAAAUGAUGUGUAUAUGGGUAGGUUUAAAAAAAAAAAAAAAAAAAAAAAAAACAAGUUGGGUUCGACUUAAGCUAAAAAUAUGACUUCAAGGUUUUUUACUAGACCGGAACCCGGAUACACAACUGCUUUGGACCGGGUUUGUCGAAUUUCGGUUGAACCAAUAGCCAAGGUUAAGGGGUCGGACCGGGUUUGGUUUAUUUUUAUUUUUUUUAUUUCUUCAGGUUUUUUUUAUUUUUUUUUAGAAUAAAAGUUUAUAUAAUUUACUCAUUUGAUUUAGUCCCACCUUUGAUCCAGAGAAUCCAUCCAGCCUUUGCUUGUGAAUCUGUAGCUGAAAAUUGUUAAAGAUGUAUUCUUUAUGUGAAAUAUUCUUGCAGUGAACAUGUCAUAUCAUUAA